ACCGAAAGUGCUAAUCAGCCAGUUGGGUGACAAUGCUCGCCGGGAGCAGAUCACUACUGAGUCGCUAGUUUAGCAAAUUUUUUUGGUUGAUUCAACACGAAAAAGUGCUCGUAAUUGUUGAAAGUGAGGUUUGUUGUUUUUGGGAGGAAGAGACAGUACAAACGAGGCGAAACGCAAAACGAGUAGCAUCAUUCGUCCUCCAGAGAACCCGAAAAACCUCUAAUUUGAUUUAGCGCGGAUUUCUGUUUCGGUUGCUCGGCAAUUUUCGAGUGCGCGUAGUUUUUCGGUCGUGCCCCCCCAAAAGCGAAAAGGGGCAGGAAGCAAAGAACGCACGAUCGUAGUUCGGUUUGAAGUACCUACAUGGGCUUGCGAUAGCAAAGCAACGAUACAUUAGCACGCUUAAAAACACUGAAACAAACGAUGGCUGCCAGAGCUGCUGCUGCCUUCGGUUGCUGGUCGCUCUUAUUGGCUGCGGUGAUUAUCCAAUUGGGUCAAGCGCAGAGAACCGGUGACCGAACUUACGAACCUGCCAUUUCGGAUCUCUACAUUACGGUGAAUGCCCGGUAUCAGAGCCUGGAGCUGACCUGGAGAAACUUUGACGACCCGGACGGGUACAUUGUCCUGACGGAAGAUUUCCCCGUCGACUCGUUCCAGCAGCGUACAUUUUACUAUUCAGUUGAAACAUCCCCGGAUGCGGUGGGUUCAACUUCACCGGGUUCUGUUUCCGAAUUGGAUCUGGAGAAGGAGGAAGAUGCUAGCGGAAGUGGGACUGAUGAUUCAAAUCGAUCCGUACGCCAGCUGGAAGUUGAUAAUGUUGGAGUGGCUUCGAGUAAUUUAAAGACGUCGACUGAAACGAGACCAACAACGACGACGACGACAGCCCAGCCUCCGACCACCCAAUUGGUGGAGCUUGAUUGGGAGUACGAUUUCCGUGAUGAAUACGGACAGCGUAAAAAGGAGGUGCUGUUCUCGAUUAAGCCAAAGUAUCAGAAUGGGUGGACCAGAACCGAUAUCAUAUUCGACCACAGCUUCAUGGACCAGGUUGCCAUCACGACCAGUUGCUACGGGUAUUAUGCGUACUUCAUCAACGGAAAUGGGACGGUUCAGUCGAGCUACUGUAUGAAGCUGUACCCCACCUGGAUGAACGACCUGAAGGGGCACAUCGGGCAGUUUCGGGUGCGGGAGAUGUUUAUUCCUGGCACUCAUGACUCGGCGUCGUUUAAAAAGAAUUUCAAUCAUCACAAAAAUGACAACAUCGUAACAAAAUACUCACUCACCCAGGAUGACGAUAUCCGAAAUCAGCUGCUGCAGGGAGUGCGAUACAUUGACCUAAGGGUAGGUUACUACAAAACUUCGAACCAGGAGUUUUGGGCUAAUCAUGGCAUCUCGAAGAUGCAUCCUCUCAAAACAAUCCUCAAUCAAAUCAAAGACUACGCUCUAGAAACGCGUGAGAUUAUCAUAGUUGACAUUCAGGAAUUCCCAGUCGGGUUUGGGAAAAAUUAUGACAUCCAUGACAAGCUGAUAAGACUUUUGAACGAAAGUCUACAUGAGGUGAUGGCCGAUUCAUUAAUCAGUUGGUACGGGAAGCUGGACGACAUUUGGGCUCACAACAAAACAGUGAUCUUAGCAUACGACCACGAAUACGCCAUUCGAACCUAUCCGGAUGUGGUGUGGCGAUCGGCGGAGCAGAAGUGGGGCAACGUCCAGCGAAUGGAAGAUCUCAAAAGUUAUCUGUUUAAGAUUCACAAGCGCCAUCAAUCUGGAACAACCAAUCGCCCGGUGGCGGACAUGGCCGAACUGACUCCGGAUCCGUGGGGUGUGAUCACGGAUCGAUACGGAGGGCUGCGGAAGAUGGCCGAAUCCAUUAAUCGAUGGGUCACCAAGUGGUACUUUGAGGAGCUGGGACCCACGGCUAAUAUCGUAGCAGUGGAUUUUAUUCGGGGGACCAGUAUUAUCGAUGCCGCGCUCUACUGGAAUCUGAAAAGGGUCCCAAAUGCCAGGGAUGAUGGUGUAAGACGAUUGACUGUGCCGUAUUAUAAGAAGAAAUAAAUUUUCUCGUUUUGUUUUCGGACUUGUU